CUUACAUACUCUUAUCCUCUACAUAUACUUUCAAAGAAGAAUCUUAAUUAUUCUGUUCGAAGAUGAGCCAAUCCAGCCAAGACCAAUCUGCAGGAGCUUAUCCUCAGCCGCCAGUGUGUACUGGUCCCUACGUGGCACCACCACCGCUCGGUUACCCAACGAACGACACAAGUCAUGCGACUCAUCAUGCCACUGCGGCUCCGGUCGAGACAAAAUCUAAGGGUGAUGAUUUCUUGAAAAGCUGUCUUGCGACCUUGUUGGCCUGUUGCGUCAUCGACGCAUGCAUCUUCUGAGUUCGGCGGAAUUCGAUUGUUUAUUUGCUAUUUCAUGUAAAAUAGAUUUUUUUCAUUGUACUUUUCUUUUAACCAAAUUAUAUUUUGGGAUUGGCUUAUGACAUUUGGAACUCUUAUUUGAUAGUUUAUUUUUUUUAUUAUUUGGUUUGUAAUUGUGGAAUUUAUUAUAUAAAAAUUGUGGGAGUACUUUCAUAUC